GCUUCUACUUCCGGCCACCUCAGCGGGGAGGAGGAGACGCUAGCGGAGGAAGCUACGGGAGCGAAGGGCUGAGCGGUCGCCGGGCAGAGUGCUAGGGUAGACUAGCGCGACUACUGUUGUCGGGGAGCGAUACUGGCUCCCCUGUAACCGGAGGAAAUGGUGUUGCUGACGAUGAUCGCCCGGGUGGCGGAUGGGCUCCCACUGGCGGCCUCCAUGCAGGAAGACGAGCAGUCUGGCCGGGACCUUCAACAGUACCAGAGCCAGGCCAAGCUACUUUUUCGCAAACUGAAUGAACAGUCUCCUACAAGAUGUACCUUGGAAGCAGAAGCCAUGGCUUUUCAUUACAUUAUCGAGCAGGGAGUGUGUUAUCUGGUUUUGUGUGAAGCUGCUUUCCCCAAAAAGUUGGCAUUUGCCUACCUUGAGGAUUUGCAUUCUGAAUUUGAUGAACAGCAUGGAAAGAAGGUGCCUACUGUCUCCAGACCCUACUCCUUCAUUGAAUUUGACACUUACAUUCAGAAAACCAAAAAGCUGUACAUUGACAGCCGUGCACGGAGGAACUUGGGCUCCAUCAACACUGAGUUACAGGAUGUGCAGAGAAUCAUGGUGGCUAAUAUUGAAGAAGUCUUACAGCGAGGAGAAGCCCUCUCAGCAUUGGAUUCCAAAGCCAACAAUUUGUCCAGUUUGUCCAAGAAAUACCGUCAGGAUGCGAAGUAUUUGAACAUGCGUUCCACCUAUGCCAAACUGGCAGCAGUUGCUGUGUUUUUUAUCAUGUUGAUAGUGUAUGUACGAUUCUGGUGGCUUUGAGCAGGUCAAUGCCGUCCUUGGCAGGGGAGAGCCUGAAAACAGGACAGGUGUAUAUUUGCAGGACACUGAGUGCACAGGGCUGUGCAUUAGGAUCCAAAUGGGACUUGUGACUCCUGAGACCUAGAAAGCAAGGAAGUGUCCUGACUGCCAUAGGCUGCCCCUCAUUUAGUGAAGCUUAACCCUCUAAAGAAGGUCUUCUUGGGCACUAAAGACUUUCUCUGGGUGGCAAAGCGUAUGUUAGGGAACAGUAGACUCCCCCACCUCACCACACCCCAGUCCACCCUGUGUUCUCAACCCUUAGGCAGCAUUGUCUGGGGCAUUCCCUUUCUGGAAUGGAUCUGUCAGUGGGAUUCCCACUAACCAGUGUAUACUGGCACCACCUCAUUCCUUCUUUUAGAGGGCAGCCCUCAUAGAAACUGUUGAGCGCCAAGGAACAUUCCCGAUGUGGGUCAUACUUGUUUUUUUUGUUUUUUUCCGGAAUCUGGAUCUUCAAUGGCCACUCAAACAAGACUCCUGUAUGUGAAGGCUGAUUUCUGUACAUAUACCCCCUGUGAGAAGUUCAUUUUGUUGUUUUCCCUUUCAGAUAUUUUGCUUAUUGCACAAUCGCUUUGGGGUUAAAUGAAUAUUAAAUUGAGAUGCCUUGAAAUUACUCUGUAUCCCCUCCCUGAUUAGGAAGGUAACAGGCUUUCUGUAACAUAAUCCUUAAACAUAAAGUUUAAACUAUUGUGGAAAGUUCUUAAUUUUCUUCCUUAACAUUCUGCUUCAUAUAACACAAGGGAGAGAGUAAGAGUGUCAGAAUACUAUUACUAGUUAGAGACUCAGCACCUACUACAGCUCCUCUCUUGCUUCCAUUUAUUAAUUUUAUUGUUAUUAUUAUUAUUUUUUACUUUUUUGUUUUUCCCCAUGUACAUUUCUGUAAUGGGGGGUGGGAGGAGGCAAGGCGGAAAAGGUCACUGAUCAACAAUCUUAAGCUUCAUGACCAGCAUUUUCAGGUAUAAUCUAGAUCAUAAAAUAGAAAAUGUUCAUUUACGUAGGGAAUCAAUUUUUGAUUUCAGUUUUUCUGUUAGUUUUAUUACAAAUAUUUUUAACCAAGAAAGUCUGUCAGAAUUAUCAAUGUUCCUCCCAUUUGUGUAUGCUUUCUAAGAAAGUUAUCUUUCUAAGGAUAGAAAUCUCAUUUACUGUAUUUUUAAAUAACUAAUAGAGUGAAAUCUGACCAUACAUCCAUGUUUUCUCCCACUUGUGUACUCUUUCUUAUGUACCUGGCUCUUGUGUUUCUCCCACCCUUGGUGAUAGAAAUUUCCUUUUACUUUUGGAGGUGGGAUUUUUAGAAUGGAGAGAAUUGAUGCAUAAGGAAAGAGGCAAGGCGAGGAAAGAUCUCAUAUAGCCUAUUUAGUAUCACCUACCCAUUGGAGAAAUGUUGUUUGAUAAAAGGUAGACCGAGAUUAACCAGCUUAAUCCUCAGCAAUUCAUAAAUUUCUUUAGUUCAGCAAGUCCAGUUAGGUGUGACUUUCAAACUACGAAGGGUUAGCCAAGGUCCAAACCCUGUUUCCUGAUUAGGAAACAGUUUCCCAUAUAAUAAGACGAGGAAAGAGAUCUGAUUUGUUUCUCCUGAUUUACUUAGAACCCUCUGAGAAAACCUGGCAUAGGAGCAACCAUUAAUUAUUCUGGCCCCAGAUCAAAACAGUUGGUGGUUGGUCUUUUUGAGUAGUGAAAAGUUGCCCUUUGUAGACAGAAAUAGUCCCCCAAGAUCUUGUCUCUGUACGCAGCUGAAUGUUCCUGCUAUGUAGGUCUACAAAAGGCUGAAGAUUGAACCCAAUAUGGCUCCCUAAGAUUUGGUGCCAUUCAGCAGUGGAGACUGUGGCAGCUUGAUGGAAGUCAAAUGCUGCCAUCUGAGGGUCAGCAAUGAAUAAAUGUCUUCUAAGAACA